AUGAGCAUCUUUCCGAAGGAGUCUAUUCAGGCCAUAGCAGACUCGGCGGGCAUAACCAUCAAAGACGACGUAGCUGUCGCCCUUGUCCAGGAUGUCGAAUAUAGAUUACGAGAAGUCGUUCAUGAGGCACGAAAGUUUAUGAGACAUGCGAAGAGGAAUAAGCUGCAUCCGGAGGACGUCAAUCAUGCGUUACGGGUCCGCAACGUCGAGCCGUUGUAUGGGUGGACGUCCGGCAAAUCAUCAACAUUCAAGAUGAUAGGGCAAGGGGCACAGCCGUUUUUUUAUGUGGAAGAUCAAGAAGUCGACCUGGAGGAAAUAUUAAAUAGAGCGCUACCACCUGUACCGUUGGAUGUGACCUACACGUCACAUUGGUUGGCCAUCGAUGGAGUGCAACCGGCAACCGUACAUAAUCCUACACCGCCAGCACGGCAUCCAGCCCUUGUGCAGAAAGCAGGCAGAGCGUCACAACCACAUCGCGAACCUCUGGUCAAGACAGUGCUUACCAAGGAGCUGCAAUUGUACUAUGAGAAGGUUACAGAGGCAGUUGUGGGUGAAUCAGAGGAAUUAAGAGCGCUGUCGCUGCAAAGUGUUGCAAAAGACCCCGGAAUCCAGCCUUUGAUCCCCUACUUUGUGCAGUUCAUCGGGGAUCAGAUUGCUGAGAACACGAAGAAGUUGCCAAUGUCUUUCGCCAUGAUGCGCCUUGCCCGAGCCCUCCUCGACAAUGCCAACCUAUUUAUUGAACCAUACCUCCAUCAACUGAUACCCAACAUCCUGUCCUGCAUCGUGGGCAAACGCCUCUGCGAAGAUCCAGCAACCGAAGACCACUGGGCUCUCCGCAGAUACGCCUCCCAGCUCGCCUCCUACAUUUGCGUCACCUACGGCGGAACUUACCAGAGUCUGCAACCACGUGUCUCCAAGACGCUCUACAAAGCCAUCGUCGACCCCGCAAGAAGCUUCGCGCAACGGUAUGGUGGCUUCGUCGGUCUAGCGGCUCUGGGAGACGAGGCAGUGCGGAUUGUGCUGAAGAAGAAACUGGGGAUGAUCGGCGAGUUGACGGAGGCGGUGGUUAAUGAGAUGGAGGAAGGUGGGACAGUGCCGCAGGCCAUAAGGAGAAUGGAGGCGAUCAAGUGUCGGGAGGUCGCGGUGGAUAUCGCAAUAAAAUACUACCGCAACAUUAUCGAGGAACGGACCGCAACUGGGCAUGGACCGACCGACGGACCGGAACUGCGCAAGGAACUCGAUGACGAAUUGGGUGUGCUUGCUGAUGUCGUCUGGGAUGCUCUCUUCAAUUCUUCGCCCUCAAAUGGCGUUUGA